AUGACACUCACAGUGCGACGCGUGUUGACCGAGUCAUUCAUACUGAACGUAGUUGCACGAGUGCAUCUCGUUGAUGUAGACGACCAUGAAGGAGUGGAGCUAUAUGAGUCAGCGCCCCGAAGUUUGUACGUCUUGAGUUGUCCAACAGAGCUCACAAAGCGCCAAUUUGAGUCGAGAUCGGAGACAUCUGCCGAAAGCUGUGCUCUACGGCGAUAG